GGUAGGGGGACAGUUAAGAUGUCCCCACAAGUUUCAGAAGCUUUAUCUCUUGGGAAAGCAGUGGUUGCUCUUGAAUCCACCAUUAUUUCUCAUGGAAUGCCAUAUCCUCAGAAUUUGCAGACAGCCAAAGAAGUGGAGGCAAUAGUAAGAGAGAAUGGAGCCAUACCUGCUACUGUUGCUAUUUUGGAUGGCAUACCAUGCAUAGGUUUGUCUGUGGAAGAACUUGAGAGGCUGGCUAUCCUAGGAAGAAAAGCUCGAAAGACAGCUCGCAGGGACAUUGCACAUGUUGUGGCUACUCAAGGAAAUGGUGCUACAACUGUUUCUGCCACUAUGUUUUUUGCAUCCAUGGUCGGGAUUCCAAUAUUUGUCACUGGUGGUAUUGGUGGAGUGCAUAGGCAUGGCGAGACUAUGGAUAUUUCUUCUGAUCUCACUGAGUUGGGAAGAACACCUGUUGCUGUAGUGUCUGCAGGUGUGAAAUCAAUUUUAGAUAUUCCAAGAACCCUCGAGUAUUUGGAAACACAAGGAGUUUGUGUUGCGGCAUAUCAGACCAAUGAGUUCCCUGCCUUCUUCACUGAAAAGAGUGGUUGUAAGGCACCGGCCCGUCUUGACUCCCCUGAAGACUUUGCUCGACUAAUAGGUGCAGUUUGUAAUGUCCUUUUGUUGCUAUAG